AUCUAAUGGUUAAUAGAGUUGCGUCAAAUUAAAGCCACGGAACAGCGUUAUAAGCCCUUCUCUUCUUUUCCCUUCCAAACGCGUCGCCGUCUCCUCUCUCACACCGCUGCUGUCUCGCGGAUUCUCUCUAGCAUCAACACAAACCCAAUGGCUCUACCAAACCAGCAAACUGUUGACUACCCGAGCUUCAAGCUCGUUAUCGUCGGUGAUGGAGGCACUGGAAAGACAACUUUCGUGAAGAGACAUCUCACUGGGGAGUUUGAGAAGAAAUAUGAACCAACUAUUGGUGUCGAGGUUCAUCCAUUGGACUUCUUCACAAAUUGCGGGAAGAUCCGGUUUUACUGCUGGGACACUGCUGGUCAAGAGAAAUUCGGUGGUCUUAGAGAUGGAUACUAUAUUCAUGGGCAAUGCGCAAUAAUAAUGUUUGAUGUUACAGCCCGGUUGACAUACAAGAAUGUUCCUACAUGGCACCGUGAUCUCUGCAGGGUUUGUGAGAACAUACCCAUUGUUCUUUGUGGAAACAAGGUUGACGUGAAGAACAGGCAAGUUAAGGCAAAACAAGUUACCUUCCAUAGGAAGAAGAAUCUGCAGUACUAUGAAAUAUCCGCAAAGAGCAAUUACAAUUUUGAGAAACCUUUCCUUUAUCUUGCCAGAAAGCUUGCUGGGGACCCUACACUCCACUUUGUGGAAUCUCCUGCUCUCGCCCCUCCAGAAGUACAGAUUGACUUGGCUGCACAGAAACAGCAUGAAGACGAGCUUGCUGCCGCAGCUAGUCAGCCCCUUCCUGAUGACGACGAUGACGCAUUCGAAUGAUUUGUUGGUACUGCAGGAGAGGGUUUUUUUUAUCCUUUUUUUCUCGUGCUUUUAUGAUGCCUUUUCUUCCUUGUGCACUGUCUUCCUUUGGGGUAUUCAACAAUAUAUGGCAGGGUUUGGAAAUCAUAGUGACAGUAUAUUAGUGAAUUUUCCUUUAGCUAUUGUUUCGUACGUGGUUGGGUUGGUUUUAUCUGCUGUCGUUGGAGUCCCCCAUGUGGGUGUUUUGAGAGUUACUGCAAAGCAUUUAUGCAUUACUUCUCUCUA